CGCUCGCGUCCACAGACCUUCCGGAGUUCGUCCUAGCAGAUACGGGUCUCCGUCCUCCGUCCAAAAAGGCCACUGGGGUGGUAGGAUCGGCGUGUAUGAACUCCUGCCGUGUCAGAACUUGGAGACCAGAAGCCAAGCGCCGCCACUCGCAAUGAGCGCACUCCUGCGAUCCAGUUUAAGCAGGUGGCGGCAGGCAGCCACCUUGGUGCUAGCGGCGGGUUGGACACACCCGGGCCUCGCCGCCCAGGCGCUGCCUCCACCGCCCGUCGAGGACUUCCGGGUGCUGCUACUGCAGCGCUCCGAGCAGCAACGUUUCCUACCCGGGGCUCACGUCUUUCCAGGCGGUGUACUGGACGCGGCAGAUCGCUCGGCUGACUGGCUGCGCCUCUUCGCGCCCCAUCACGGGCCGCCGUACUUCAACUUAGUCACCCGUCCGCGCCCACGCACUGACUUCCCAGUGCUGCCCGCAAUGGAAACUGACGCCGCCGACGGGGACGACGCGGCGCUGCCGAAUGACGUAGCCUUCCGCAUCUGCGCCAUCCGCGAGGCUUUCGAGGAGGCGGGCGUGUUGAUUCUGCGGCCCCGGGCCUCACUGGCCGCCGCGCCGGAACUUGGCCGGGUCCUCCCACCGCCGCCCGACGUGACCGCCUGGCGCGCCCGCGUUCGCCGCGACCCACGCCACUUCCUGCACCUGUGUGAGCACCUCGACUGCACGCCCGACAUCUGGGCGCUGCACGAGUGGAGUAUCUGGCUCACGCCGUUCUCGCGAUCUGGCAGCUACCGCUUCGACACGGCCUUCUUCCUGUGCUGCGUGCGCGAGCCGCCGCCCGUCGAACUAGAGUUGGCCGAGGUGGUGGGCUUCCAGUGGUCAUCUCCAUCAGAGGCAAUCAAAAGUUUCAUGUCAGAAGAAAUUUGGUUGAUAGUCCCACAGUUCUAUGAAAUAAGAAGACUUGAAAACUUUGCCUCUCUCUCUGACUUGCACAGAUUUUGUUUGGAUCAUGUGUUAGAAGAGGUGGAAAGAUGGAUGCCAAUCACGUUAGUAAGUGCUGACGGACGCUGCCUCCUGCUUUUACCAGGAGAUGAGCUGUACUUAGAAGAUUCAUACUUUGUAGAAAAUGUUAUGUCCACUGAAAAAAGUUCUGAAGAACUCAUGAAGGAAGGCAAGAAAUUUCACCGAGUAGUGAUACACAGUCGCCAUGAUUAUAGUAUCCAUGUGACUGUUCAGUCAGAGUAUAAACAUGUUUAUCCUAAGAACUGUGUAGUAAAUAAGAGUCAUUUGUAGCGUAUUGCUUAUUUAUUUGUAAGCUGGCUACUUGAAAUUGUCCUUAUGAAUAAUGAGUGUUGACUAGACUUGGAAGUUAAGGAACUUGGUGCCUAUAAAAAUUAUAGUAUAGUCUUUCAUAUUUCAAGCAUAUUAUGGAGCUCUCUUAUUGUAUUCUUUAAUCCUUACGGUGUUACACAAGUAUAAAAUAUUAAUGAUCUUACCAAAAGGAGAAAAGAAUGUCAGAAGGAUUUCCACUUCUGGAUUGUUCUGGUAUCAAAAGUUUAAGCUGUUCUACUGCCAUUAUCUUUUAAAUGUCCAGUAUGCUUUAAAUGUUCCUUGAUGUGCUUAGAGCAGUCCAUGAAUUUUUUAGACUUUCUGCUGGUGUUAAUUUAAGGGUGUUUGAGUACAUGGUGAACAGUAGACUGAGACAAUCUUUAAGUGAUAGUGUCACUUUCUUGUUAUAUCUUUAGCUUGAUGAUUAAGAUCCAAUUCUGUUUAAAACCAGUGACAUUAGUUAUUAGGUUUACCAAAUUAGAAACAUGUCUUAGUUAAUAUUUUAAAGGAAUAAAUGAAGCCAUGACAAAAGCCAGAACUAUUUUUCACUCUGGAACACUAGUUAAUGAAACAGAGGUUAGAGAGAUGUAGAAUUAUUCAUCAUUUAAAGGUGUUUAAUAAUGAUGUUUGUUUCAGUAUUUUUAAUAUGGGUAACUUUUUCACCUCUUAAAAGGAAUAAUGUUUAUUGAUUAAAGAUGGGAAAUGUUUAAGACACCAGUUGUAUUUUAAAUCUUUGAUGAUAUAAUGCAUCGUAUGAUUGAUUUCGUUUUUCAUGACAUGUCUUAGUUUUCCUACUUAAAAGAUAGAGGUAUAUUGAUGAA